AUGUCUCAGCCUCGUCCAAUCUUACCAGAAUUCGAUAUCAUUUUUGCUGGAGGUGGUGCUACAGCUUGUGUUGCUGCAGGCCGACUAGCUGCGUAUGAUUCCUCUCUCAAGAUUUUGAUUUUGGAAGCGGGUGGACACACCCUCGAUCAAGCUGCUCAUGUCCAACCCUACCAAUAUGUCUUCCAUCUGGCGCCGACAAGUACCACGGUGACAGUCAAUGUUGGAAAUCCUAGUCCGCAUCUCAAUGGCCGUGCACCAAUCGUUCACUGCGGUCGUUGUGUUGGUGGAGGUUCAAGUGUCAAUUUCAUGGCAUACACUCGUGCGGCUGCUUCAGAUUUCGAUGACUGGGAGGCUGAUGGUUGGGAAUCUGAGAAUCUAAUUCCUCUCAUGAAAAAGCUGGAAACAUAUGAGGUGCAGCCUAAUGGUCCAACCCACGGGGACAAUGGACCUAUCAGGGUAUCCUAUGGCGGUCGCGAAUCAGGUCUCUGGGAAGAGUUCAUCCAUGUUGAAACAUGCAACGUAUACAGUCCAUGGGCAAAGUAUAUUAAUGGAACGACUGGAAGGCGUUCUGAUGCGGCUCACCACUAUGUCUACAACCAAGCCCACAACCAGAAUUUACAACUUUGGGUCAGCAAACUCGUGAAGCGCAUUAUCUUUGAGGGCAUGCGUGCAGUAGGUGUUGAGUUCACCUGCGAUCCAGUAUCCUGCCCAGGUGCAGAUCAAUCAUCGAGCAUCGUGAGAGCAGCAAAGCUUGUUGUUGUCUCUGCUGGAGCAUUUGGUUCACCAACCAUUCUCGAGAGGUCCGGGAUCGGUGCCGAGGCGGUCCUCAAGCGUUGUGGUAUCGAGCAACUGGUGAACUUGCCUGGCGUUGGAGAAAAUUAUCAAGAUCAUCUUGGCUGCUUCGCCCCAUACUUUGCUGCUGACGAGGCUGUUACCUUGGACCCCCUCUGGCAUGGGGAGGGUGUUGUGCAGGAAAGCCUUGCGCAAUGGAAAAGUAAUGGGAAGUCGCUCAUAGCGCAAAAUGGCUGCGAUGCCAAGAUUAAGUGGCGACCUGAUGAAGAUGAGCUGAGAGCCAUGGGUUCAGCUUUCCAAGCGCCAUGGAAAGAAUUCUUCCAAGAUCGCCCAGACAAGGCUGUUGCCUUAUUCGGUCUAAGUGCGGGAUAUCUUCCACUCUCGAGCACCCUUCCUUUCCGUAAAUAUCUGGGUGUCGUUUAUUUUACACUUUACCCCAGGUCUCUUGGGAGCGUUCAUGUCAAACUGGGAGAGAACGGCAAGCAAGUCCUCGACUUCACUGCGGGCUUCCUAGACGAUCCAUCUGAUAUCGUACCUCUUAACUUUGGAUACAAGAAGACGCGAGAAAUAUCUCGACGCAUGCCUUCCUACCGAGGUGAAGUCCCUUCAGGCCACCCUUGUUUCCCAGAGGGAAGCGCCGCAGCAUGCAGCGAAACGUCCGGGCCUGUGAACUUGAAUGCGCCUGACAUCAUCUACACUACCGAAGAUGACGAGGCAAUCGAAAAAUUUCAUCGUGACUGCACCCAAACGUCGUGGCACUCGCUGGGGACUUGCGCCAUGAAACCGAUGUUAGAGAAAGGUGUCGUCGACGCUCGGUUAAACGUGUAUGGCGUGGCGGGCCUGAAGGUUGCAGAUAUGUCUAUCGCGCCAAAAAAUGUUGGCACGAAUACGUACUCAACGGCACUCCUCAUUGGAGAGAAGGCUGCGCUGAUCAUUGCUGAAGACUUGGGUAUGAAUUGUAGAGAAUACACUAAGGGGUAAUGGGAAAGUGCACGGCCCAUCGCGUCCUUGAUGCUUAUGUUUGCAGGAGUGAUCAUGAACAUGUACUUCAGUAGCACGCCCAGAAUGCGAUCAGUGUGUGUCUCAGGAUGGCUGUCAUGGAUUCAGAUGAGUUGAUGAACCUAUUUGUGAUACUACGGCAGAAUUUUAGCAGGGUAAAAGAGGACGGGAUAUGGAAUCCUUACUUGGACAAUGUAAACCAGCAAUUCUUGAGGUUGCCGUCGACGAGAAAUAAAAGUUGCUUGCUGCAGCCCGCUAUGCUCAAGCUCAGCUGGAGUGUGAUGUCUGACUGAAGAAGUGACGCCUGUCGCACCCAAGCUAUCGGAGGCCGUUCAUAAGAAGACAUCCCAAAGCACCGCCUCC